AUGGACCAGCAAGAGACGGUCGUCAAGAACCCCUAUGCCCGAGUCAGCAUCCCCCGGGCUCACCUGCGGCCCGACCUGGGGCAGCAGCUGGAGGUGGCUCCCUCUUCCCAGGGAUCGCAGCCUCUGCCUGCGGGGUCCUGCCCCUCAGAGCCCACCCGGCUCCUGCAGCCCACCGAGGAGGCCCCAGAGGGCAAAGGCGCCAAGGGGACCAAGGGGGCCGCCCAGAUCCAGGGCCAGCAGGUCUGGCCGCAGCCCGGCAACCCCCACGGGAGUGGGCAGCGCCCGGCAGCACUGACCUACGCCGGCCGGCCGCCCAUCGGGCGUGGGGACGACAUCGCCCACCACUGCUGCUGCUGCCCUUGCUGUCCCUGCUGCCACUGCCCUCGCUUUUGCCGCUGCCACAGCUGCUGCACCAUCUUCUAG